AUGGGAAACAGCGCUGGGACGAGUGUUGAGGAACUACAAGCUUGUGAGAGUCAUCAGUGGUACAGAAGAUUUAUGACCGAAUGCCCGUCUGGACUUAUCACCUUUUACGAGUUUAAGCAGUUUUUUGGCCUGAAGAAUCUGUCGGAUAAGUCAAAUGCCUACGUUUGGACUAUGUUUUCAGCAUUUGAUAUGAACAGUGAUGGCUUCAUUGACUUCAUGGAGUAUGUAGCUGCUCUUAGCCUGGUGCUAAAUGGAGGAGUGCAGAAGAAGCUCCGCUGGUACUUCAAACUGUAUGAUGUAAAUGGGAGUGGAUGCAUCGACCAAGAGGAGCUGCUUCAGAUAAUUAAGUCCAUCCGUGCAAUCAAUGGAAUUCCUAGUGAGAUAUCAGCAGAGGACUUUGCCAACAUGGUGUUUGACAAGAUUGACAUUAAUAGAGAUGGUGAACUCUCCUAUGGAGAGUUCAUGGAGGGGAUUCAGAAUGACGAAAUGCUGCUGAGGACACUAACAGAGAGUUUGGACCUCACACACAUUGUCCAAAUAAUUCGAGGAGAAAUAAGUUCCAACAUCUAA